AUGCCAGCUUACCAUUCAACCUUCUUAACUGAAGACUCAGUAGAUAAUAGAAUCAUUGGGAAUUUGGUGUUGUUACCAAUUCACACCAAUUAUAGAGGUCCACUGUAUCCACCACAACAAGAUUAUGAUAUAAUUGAAGAAAUUUUAGACUUAUUUAGAGCAAAUUCCUUUUUCAAGAAUUUUGAUAUUAAAGGACCUGCUGAUAGAUUAUUAAUCUACGGUAUAUUGUUUAUCAGUGAUUGUUUAUCCAAAUUAAAUAAUCGAGUUAAUUAUAGAGAAGCAAUUAGAAUAUUAAAUAACUUAAGUCUUGAUUCCUUUGCAUUACCAGGAGAUAUUGGAUUCCCAUUAAAUGCAUUAUAUCAACCACCAUCAAAUAAGAAUGAAGCUGAUUUAUUAAGAUCUUAUUUACAACAGUUUAGACAAGAAUUAUCUGAUCGGUUAUUGAAAAGAAUUUACGCUCAAGAUGAAAAUGUACCAAGUAAAUAUUGGUUAGCCUUUACUAGAAGAAGAUUUAUGAAUAAAAGUUUAUAA